AUGGCAAAGACAAUUGCUCAAGAAUCUUUCCAGAGGGUCCAGGAGGCUAAAUCUAAGUCUCGCUCUCGGACUGGUGGUGCCAGGGUUAUCUUCUCCUCCUCCUCCUCGGAACGUUGGGACUCUUUCCAAUCCCAUGGUGAUCUUCUUCAGCUCCCUCUCAGCCGCCCCCCGACAUCCGACCUUCCCCUGAUCCCAAGAAGCGACCUUAGAGUCUGGUUCUUCUGCUACUCUCUUCUUUAUUUUUCUCAUCACUGUUACUACAUAUUGAAUACCGUGUUCCUCAUUGCGACAGAAUCACCACCAUCCCCCCACCACCAACCCUCACCACCACCCUGCACCCUCACUGCCACCACCACAAGCCAUGGCAUCUCCACCCCCACCGCCACACCCACCCUUCACCCCGAUAGCCACCCCCACAACUCAAGGCACUGCCACCCCCACCACUCCGCAGUCCCAGUCCGCCACCACUCCAUCUCUACCAUACUACCACAAGCAUCCACCCCAACCUACACCUACAUCUCCCCAAUCAUCACUACCACUAAGCAAUCUGGAGUUAGUGAAAUUGCUAGAGGUAGUGAAAUUGCUAUACAUGUGUCUGAAGGUGGUGGUGAACUUGUUCAACCUGAACAAUCUAGAGGUGUUCAACCUGAACAAGCAGGAGGUGCUGAAGUUGCUAUAGAUGUGCCUGAAGGUGAUGCUAAUAUUGGUCGUGAAGCUGUUCAACCUGAACAAUCUGGAGAUGGUGAAAAUCCGAUUAUCUCACUUGCCCCGACUUCUCUACAGGCGGCAGAAUCACCACCAUCCCCCCACUACCAAUCCUCACCGCCACCCUGCACCCUUACCGCCAUCACCACAAGCCACGGCAUCUCCACCCCCACCAACCCCAUUCCCCAGUCUGCCAGCACCCCUAUCUCUACCACACUACCACAAGUUUCCAUCCCAACCUACACCUACACCUCCACCUCCCCAAUCAUCACUACCACUAAGCAAUCUGGAGUUAGUGAAAUUGCUGGAGGUAGUGAAAUUACUAUACAUGUGUCUGAAGCUGGUGGUGAACCUGUUCAACCUGAACAAUCUAGAGGUGUUCAACCUGAACAAGCUGGAGGUGCUGAAGUUGCUAUAUAUGUGUUUGAAGGUGAUGCUAAUAUUGGCCGUAAAGCUGUUCAACCUGAACAAUCUGGAGGUGGUGAAAAUCCGAUUAUCUCGCUUGCUCCGACUUCUCUACAAUGGCAGAAUUACCACCACCCCCCACCACCAACCCUCACCGCCACCCCGCACCCUCACUGCCACCACCACAAACCACGGCAUCUCCACCCCCUCCACUCCCUCUCCCACCACCACAACCACCCUUUACCCCACAGCCACCCCACAACUCACGGCACCGCCACCCCUACCACUCCGCAGUCCCAAGGUGUUCAACCUGAACAAGUUGGAGGUGCUGAAGUUGCUAUAGAUGUGUCUGAAGGUGAUGCUAAUAUUGGUCGUGAAGCUGUUCUACCUAAACAAUCUGGAGGUGGUAAAAAUCCGAUUGUCUCGCUUGCCCCGACUUCUCUACAGAAUUACCACCAUCACCCCACCACCAACCCUCACCGCCACCCCGCACCUUCACCCCCACCACCACAAGCCACGGCAUCUCCACCCCAACCACUCCCACCCCCACCGCCACACCCACCCUUUACACCCACUGCUAUUCCCACAACUCAUGGCACCGCCACCGCCACCACUCCGCAGCCCCAUGAAAUUGCUGGAGGUAGUGAAAAUACUAUACAUGUGUCUGAAGGUGGUGGUGAACCUGUUCAAUCUGAACAAUCUAGAGGUGUUCAAUCUAAACAAGUUGGAGGUGCUGAAGUUGCUAUAGAUGUGUCUCAAGGUGAUGCUAAUAUUAGUCGUGAAGAUGUUCAACCUGAACAAUCUGGAGAUGGUGGUGAACCUGUUCAACCUAAACAAUAUAGAGGUGUUCAAUCUGAACAAACUAGAGGUGCUGAAGUUGCUAUAGAUGUGUCUGAAGGUGAUGCUAAUAUUGGUCGUGAAACUGUUCAACCUGAACAAUCUAGAGGUGAAUUACCACCAUCCCCAAGCACCAACCCUCAUCGCCACCCCACACCCUCACCGCCACCACCACAAGCCACGGCAUCUCCACCCCCACCACUCCCACCCUCACCGCCACACCCACCCUUUACACCCACUGCCACUCCCACAACUCACGGCACCGCCACCCCCACCACUCCGCAGCCCCAUGAAUCUGUUCAAUCUGAACAAUCUAGAGGUGUUCAAUCUGAACAAGCUGGAGGUGCUGAAGUUGCUAUAGAAGGUGAUGCUAAUAUUGGUCGUGAAACUGUUCAACCUGAAUAA